GCCUCGAAUGUGCUCAUCGUGGUUGGAAAGGUGAAGGUCAGGGCAUGCUUCUUCAUAAUGCCGGACGUGGACCAUGGAAUCCUCCUGGGAGGUCAUUCCUAAGCAGAACGGAGACCGUGAUGUUCAACAAACAUGACGGGACUCUAAUCCUUCUCUUAUGCGAUCCUGCCUGCGGGAAUUACGAAAUAAUUACCUGUAGGAACACCGGGCCAAGGAGCAUAAGGAACCGGCCCAAUCCAGGAUCAUUCACGAUCGAGGAGUCGGAAGGGGAGCGCUGGAGGCUGGGCAGAGCCCGAAGCGGGAGAGAGGGUGAAAGCAUUUUUCCUCAGCCUGUCAGAUGUUGGGAAGGCCAUGGACCUGGUGGCCACGCACGAGAUGGCAGAUCCGGAUGCCAUCCAGGCCUUGAGGGAGCAGGUUCUGGAAUGCCCCGAGGUAGGAAGGUUGGAGUUGGUAUAUCGGCGCCCAGGCAGCUGAAGGAACCCAGCAUCAGCGCAAGCACAAUCUGUGAGCCGGCCUUUCUUAGGAGACGGCUCAAGCAGGGUUCCCAAAGGCAGUACAAGACGGUAGACAAGAAGUGUCGCCCGGUUCCCGUCCUCGUUACAGAGGACAAGGAAGCAUAUUACGAGAGGGAACGACGGUUGAUACGGCGAAUGAGGGAGAGUGCUUUAGCAGGACCAUGUCGUAUCAACGAAGGGAAUGAAAGGGAGUCGAUUAUAGGGGAGCCCAACUUCCUACUGCCUCGGGAGCGAGCAUUAAUAGUGGAGCUGAUGAAGAGGAGGCAUCGCGCCUAUGCGUUUAGCGACGAGGAAUGUGGCAGGCUGGAUGUGGACAAAAUACCUAUAAUCCGCAACCACACCGUGCCACACGAGCCUUGGAACAUGAGACGGGCGCGGUUUCUUAACCCUGAUGAGGAAAAGAAGGUGGUGGAUUACCUCGACGGUAAAAUACGUACGCACGUCGCCGACUAUUCGAGUGGACCGUACGCGUCCCCGUGGUUCUGCUUUAUCAAGCCUAACGGGACGCUGCGGUGGGUGCAAAAUUUGCAAAGACUGAAUGCAGUGACCGUUCGGGAUGCUGGAGGGUUGCCCAAUGCGGACGCGCUGUCAGAAUCCUGUGCUGGAAGGCCUAUAAUCUCACUUAUAGACCUUUACUCAGGAUAUGAUCAGUUCCCAGUCUACCCGCCGGACAGACCUGUGAUGGCUAUGCACACGCCGCGAGGGUUAAUCCACAUGAACGUCGCCCCACAAGGGUGGACAAAUGCGGAAGCAAUGACCCAACGGGCCAUGAUUCAGGUUAUGCAGUCAGUCAGCCCCUAUAUCACACAGCCAUACAUCGACGAUUUGGCGAUGAAGGGGCCGGCAAUGAAGGAAAGCGACGAAGUCUCGCCAGGGGUGAGGCUCUUUGUCUGGAAGCAUACCGAGGGCGUCGAAAAAGUCUUGGGCCUGCUCAAGAAGCAUAACCUCACGGCGAGCGGGGCCAAGUCCAGGCACUGCAAGAGGGAGGCGACUAUCUUGGGGUUCGUCUGCAGUGAGAAGAGCCGGAGGCCGGAUGCGAAGAAGACGGACAAGAUUACUGAGUGGCCAAUUUUGUUCCACUCAAUAACUGAUGUCAGAAGCUUCCUUGGAGGAGGGAAAGGGACACGGCCGCCUCAGAGGCCGUUGGGAGCAUCAGGAGGAUAUGAGCGGCAUGAGCCUCGCCAUCGAGAGAGUACUUCGGUCUACGAUGAUGGGGACAUCGAGCUAUUCCUGGACAACUUUUGGGAUCAUGCGAGGCGUAUGGGCUGGACCGUGGCCGAGACAAUUGAGAGGCUGAGGGGAGCAGGCAGGUUCGAGGAGCCCAUUACCAGGAUUCGUAAGGAGGCGACGACGAGACAGGAGGUGGAGGCGAGGAUGGAGGAGUUGCGACCCUCGCCUGUGGGACCAGAUGGCAGGCCGAUCCGUCUGGAAAUCGGAAAUGCGGCAAAUUUUAUUCCUGCCUUCGAGUGGUUCAUGCGGGGGAAAGGGAAGGAAGUAAUAGAGGUUGGAGAGGACACGCCCCCACAGACGCCAGCGGUGGGUUUUAAACUCGGGGAUGCACCAGGGAGCACUCGCCAGGCGGGGAAGAGGUUGCAGACAGAGGAGGCCCCAUUGCCUUCUUCAGGAAAGGCCCCUUCGCCAGAAGGAGAUAGAGCAGAAAGGAGGAGAGAGAGGGCAGUUGUAAGGAGAGAGGCCUUGAUUCUGAUCGAUAGGCACCUAGCAGCUCAUGCCCUGGAGCACCCAGACCUGGAGGAGCCAGUACCUGCAGAGCCGCGCCAGGAGCCAUGCCAACCAGAGAAGGAGAUGGAAGCAGAGAUCCCAAAGAAGGUCGAACUCCUCACGAGGAAAAGGGCGCCAGCUGGAGAAACAGUUGAAGAAAAGAGGGCGAGAAGAAUCAGGCGGAUAGAUGAGAUAUGGCAAGAAAGGCAGAGGUUGGAGGCAGCGGGGGAGCUUCCGGAGCAGCAACAGGAGAGGCAGAGAUCGGAGGCAGCAGGAGCACUCCCAAGUCAGCCACCUAGCGCGCCAGCAAGGGCUCCGGAGAUUCCAGAGAUGUGGAGGGACUUCUGGGAGCAAAGAGGAGAGAAGCUUCCCUCGCCUGUCAGAGCCGGGUUUGGGGUGGCCAGGAAGGCGGAAGAAAGGCUAGAUCGCAAAAUCAAGUUCCUGGCCAAUACGACUUUUGACCGGCACUUGUUAUUGGAGAGCGAUCUGGCAGGGAAGAAGAUGAAGGAAGCAAGCCAUGGAGUACGCCUGGAGGCUAUGGAGGUGGAAAUCCAGGAACUCAGGGCAUUGGUGGUCAGUCAGGCAGCUAUCAUUGAGAGCCUGAGGCAGCAAACCCAGGGAGAGGUGAAUAACCCAGAGAGCAAUAGACAGGGAGAGAAGAGGCAGCCAGGACAUGGGUUGCCAAGACAGCCAUCUGCUGCAGAGCCUCGCCAGGAGCCACCUAUGGGAAGAGUUAUCCUAGAGCCAGAGGAGGCGAGAGCCCAGAGACAGGCGGGGAGAGAGGCGUUUGAGUUCAAAGCCCCUACCGAGCUCUCGACGCUGCGAGUAGCAGCAGCGGGCCCAAUCGUACCUUUGGCAGUUGAGGAGGGGCUACCACCAUCUAGCAGUGAGCCGGCUCAGGGCUCAGCAGAGGGAUCCAUAGGCAUGCUCCUUGAGGCGGUGCAUACUAUGCAGGAGGAAAUGAGUUUGUUUUCAACCGAGCAGAGGAUAGAGGAGCCUCUUGAGAGAGAGAUGGGGAAUAAGGCAGAGGGUACCAUCAAGAGCAGGCUCCAAAGGAUGGGCACACAUGAGUAUGGACCAGAGAAGAUUGAGGAGCAGCCCACGGCAGUGCCAAGAGAGACACUCGAGAGGAGACCUCAGAGGUUGGACACGCCAGAGUACGUCCCAGCGACAAGGGAUUUGAGGAGCAGACUGGGAUCUUGGGCUACUGGAUCUGGGUCUGGGGGACAGGUUCAUGGGAUAGAGCAACAGGAGUUCGUUAGUACCGCAGCUCCUCGCUCAGAGCAGCAGGGGGUUGUCAGUACCUUGGUAGGAUCUCCUUCAUCGCCACCUCCUCAGCCCAGGAAGAAGAAGUUCAAGGGGAAGGUUGAUUAGCUAUGCUUCUACUGCAAAAGGGGCAUGCAUUUGGCUUUGGACUGUCUCGAGUUCCUUGAGGA